GUUCCGGGCGCUCGCGCGCCGCCGCCCUGGAGCACAGGCCGGACUGCACUACGGCGCGUUACUAUAGAAACCAAGAACAACAAGGAGUCCGGUUCCACUUCCCGCUUUGCCUCAGCCGGCGCGCACAAACGGGGGAGAGAGGAGCGUGCCGUGCGCAUGCGCAGUCGCUCUCUCAGGGGCUCCCGGCGCAUGCGCGCGAACGGCCUGGUGCGGAGCUGCAGCCGGAGCCGGGACGAUGUCUCGCUACGGGCGCUAUGGAGGCGAGACCAAGGUGUACGUGGGGAACCUGGGCACCGGCGCCGGCAAGGGCGAGCUGGAGCGAGCCUUCAGCUACUACGGCCCCCUGCGCACCGUGUGGAUCGCACGGAACCCGCCGGGCUUUGCCUUCGUGGAGUUUGAAGACCCGCGAGACGCGGAAGAUGCAGUUCGAGGUUUGGAUGGAAAGGUGAUUUGUGGCUCCCGAGUGAGAGUUGAGCUGUCAACAGGCAUGCCCCGCCGCUCCCGCUAUGAUAGACCUCCCGCACGGCGACCAUUUGAUCCCAAUGACCGGUGUUACGAAUGUGGCGAGAAAGGUCAUUAUGCUUAUGACUGUCAUCGCUAUAGUCGUCGGAGGAGGAGCAGGUCACGGUCUAGAUCUCAUUCAAGGUCCAGAGGAAGAAGGUAUUCUCGGUCACGCAGCCGAAGCCGUGGUAGGAGGUCCAGGUCAGCUUCCCUUCGCAGAUCCAGAUCUGUCUCUCCUCGUAGAUCUAGAUCAGCCUCACCCCGCAGGUCCCGAUCGGGUUCUUUAAAAAGAUCAAGAUCUAGAUCCAGAUCACGAUCAAGAUCCAGGUCCGUUACAUGGCCAAGAAGCAGGUCUGGGUCCCAUGGUAGAUCUAAAUCUGGCUCACCUGCUAAAAGCCGAUCAAAGUCCAGAUCCCCCUCUCCAAAGAGAAGUCUGAGCCAUUUAUAACCAUUCUCCAUUAACUUGGUCGUUCACCAUCAGGAAGCCCUCGAAGGAGGAGUGCAAGUCCUGUAAGAAUGGACUGAAAUUUCAAAGUUAACCUUCUGGGAAGAACGUUAUUUUGUUUACAUUAUUAUAAGGGAUUUGUGGUGUCUUUGAUGUAAAUGGUAAGGGCUUAGUUCUAGAAGAGUAUUUCAAUCUGAUAACAAUUGACAUGGAUCUGGAUCAUUUAAAUUCUGCAAAGUCACAUCAGUAGACUAGUGCACAACUUGUUUUGUUGUAUGUAUUAACAUCCUGUGAUCUGAAAAUGUGGGACUCUUUUAUUGACACGUUUUUUAUUGCCUCAUUGAAAUAAAAUGUGUAUUUCUAACUAAAAACCUCCUUGUGAUGCCCUACUGCUUAACAAAAAAAAAAGGUGGCUACCAUUAGCCUACCCUAAACCAAUCAGAUUCUUCCCAGUUUAUUUUAAAUAGUCUCUAGUUAUGUGAACUUGUUAUUGACGUUAAAUGGAUGACAAAAUUUUAAACCGUGACUAAAAAUCCUUGAUAUCUCAGUUGCCAUAACUUCCUGUAAUACCAUUUACAUGAGCUCUCUAGUCAUUGUGAUCUUCCAAUGUAGAGAGAGUAUGAAUUUCUAAUGUCUAAAGUUUGUUUACAAAAAGUAAAGCCUUUCUUAUCACAAAGCAGAAGGGCACAAGCACAAUAUUUGCACUGCAGGUUACCUUCAAAUAACGGUUCAUGUUCCGAGAGAAAAGGCAGCUAUGUUGCUCUUUCUCUAACACAACGCAUUUAUGGUCAGUUAGUCUAACCUGAGAA